GCUCCGGGCGGAGACAAUCGAGCCGAGCGGGCGCCGCAGCCGGAGCGGGAGCCCAAGCCCGAGCUGCACGGAGCCGUGCAGAGCUGGGGCUGAGCGGGGCCGGCCGAGCGGGGCCGGGAGGCAGCGAUGGACCGCUAGGGCCCGGCCGAGCCCCGCGAUGCCGCCGCCGAGUGGCCCCGGCGUCCUCGCGCGGCUGCUGCCGCUGCUGGGGCUGCUGCUCGGCGGCGCCUCCCGGGCUCCCGGCAAGUCUUCGCCGGAGCCCCCCAGCCCUCAGGAGAUCCUGAUCAAGGUACAGGUAUAUGUGAGCGGGGAGCUGGUGCCCCUGGCCCGGGCCUCGGUAGACGUGUUUGGGAACCGCACUCUGCUGGCUGCUGGCACCACGGACGCAGAGGGCGUGGCCACGCUACCCCUCAGUUACCGCCUGGGCACCUGGGUGUUGGUCACUGCUGCCCGCCCCGGUUUCCUCACCAACUCCGUGCCGUGGCGUGUUGACAAGCUGCCGCUAUACGCAUCCGUCAGCCUCUACCUGCUCCCAGAGCGCCCAGCCACCCUCAUCCUCUAUGAGGACCUUGUACACAUCCUCCUAGGCUCUCCAGGUGCCCGCUCCCAGCCCUGGGUGCAGUUCCAGCGCAGAGCGGCCCGCCUGCCUGUCAGCUCUACCUACAGCCAGCUUUGGGCUUCGCUCACCCCCGCCAGCUCCCAGCAGGAAAUGCGGGCUUUCCCUGCCUUCCUGGGCACCGAGGCCUCCAGCUCAGGCAAUGGCUCCUGGCUGGAGCUGAUCCCCCUGGCUGCUGUGAGCGUACACCUGCUAACGGGCAAUGGCACAGAGGUGCCGCUCUCGGGCCCCAUUCACCUGUCCCUGCCAGUGCCCUCGGAGCCUCGUGCCCUGGCUGUGGGCACCAGCAUUCCAGCCUGGAGAUUUGACCCUAAGAGCGGGCUGUGGGUCCGAAAUGGCACCGGUGUGAUUCGGAAGGAAGGCCGACAGGUCUACUGGACUUUUGUCUCCCCACAGCUGGGGUACUGGGCGGCUGCCAUGGCCUCCCCUACGUCUGGGCUGGUUACCAUCACCUCAGGCAUCCAGGACAUCGGCACCUACCACACAAUCUUCCUGCUGACCAUCCUGGCCGCUCUCGCACUUCUGGUUCUCAUUCUGCUGUGUCUACUGAUAUACUACUGCCGGAGACGCUGCUUGAAGCCAAGACAACAGCACCGCAAGCUGCAGCUCUCCGGGCCCUCGGACAACAAACGGGAUCAGGCCACGUCGAUGUCUCAGCUCCACCUCAUCUGCGGGGGACCCCUGGAGCCUACGUCUUCGGGAGACCCCGAGGCCCCGCCCCCAGGCUCUCUACACUCGGCCUUCUCCAGCUCCCGGGACUUAGCAUCCUCCCGAGAUGACUUCUUCCGUGCCAAACCGCGCUCCGCCAGCCGUCCGGCCGCCGAGCCUCCGGGUACGCGCAGCGGCGACGGUGGCGGGCUCAAGAGCGCCCGCUCCGUCGAGGGUCCUGGAGGGCUGGAGCCCAGCCUGGACGAGUACCGGCGGGGUCCCGCGGGGGCCGCGGCCUUCCUGCACGAGCCGCCCUCGCCGCCGCCGUCCUUCGACCACUAUCUAGGCCACAAGGGGGCGACCGAGAGCAAGACCCCUGACUUUCUGCUGUCGCAGUCGGUGGACCAGCUGGCACGGCCGCCGUCCCUCAGCCAGCCCGGGCAGCUCAUCUUCUGCGGCUCCAUCGACCACCUCAAGGACAACGUGUACCGCAACGUCAUGCCCACCCUGGUGAUCCCCGCACACUACGUGCGCCUGGGCGGCGAGGCGGGCGCCGUGGGAGUGGGCGACGAGGCCACCCCACCGGAAGGCUCGGCCGCCGGCCCCGCGCGCCCUUUCCCUCCACCCGACCCCCAGCGCCCGCUGAUGCAGGGCCACCCGCCCGCGCCCCCGCGCCUGGCGCUCAGCGAGGACACGGAGCCCAGCAGCAGCGAGAGCCGUACGGGCCUCUGCUCGCCCGAGGACAACUCGCUGACGCCCCUACUGGACGAGGUGGUGGCGCCCGAGGGUCGGGCGGCCACGGUACCCCGGGGUCGGGGCCGCAGCCGUGGGGACAGUUCCCGCAGCAGCGCCAGCGAGCUACGGCGCGACUCGCUCACCAGUCCCGAGGACGAGCUGGGGGCGGAGGUGGGCGACGAGGCUGGCGACAAGAAGAGCCCGUGGCAGCGGCGGGAGGAGCGGCCGCUGAUGGUGUUCAACGUCAAGUAGCGCGGCCCGGGGAUCGGCCGCCGCCCCUGCCGCCAGUGCAAGGUCCCCAGAGUGCGCGCCCCGGGGUGCUGCGGGGGGCACGCGCUCUUAGCCGGGAGAAGGGUUCUGAGCCCAUCUGGGGUAUGUGCUGGGGGAAGUGUCUUGGGAAGGGACCCUGGAUCGGCCUCUAAGCAGAGGGUGGUGGGAGGGGCCCGGUCCCCCUCGGGAGGGGCUGGGGAGGAGGGCUGGGGUGGGGAGCAGUGUCUGGAUAAACGUGGCUGUACAUAGAAAGAUCUAUUGUGGGCGAGCAGGAGGGGCGGCCCAGCUUCAGCGGCUAGGGUGAGGGCUGGGAAGGGAGGGGCAAUCUCUGUGGACCCUUGGGAGGGGAGGGCUGCCGCUUGGAUGUCACAGGGCUGGUGGCUGGGGUGGUCCUGGGGACUAAGUGGGUAAUGUGAUGGUGACGCUCUAGACACAAAAAUACAAAGCUGUUGAGGUUGAA